GGGCUUUUGCCGGAGUUGUCAGUUAAUUCGGUCCGUCGAAACCGGCCUUCGUAGUUCGUACUGUGGUCUGUGAGUGGCUAAGAGGUAAGCUCACGCUACGCAAGGGCAACGGGAGCACGGAGCAAGCAAUAGGAAGAAAAAGAAGAAAAAAAACAAUGGCAGUUCCAGUAGCGCCUCCCUACUUGCCCUCUCCUCUUGCCUUCCUCGCUCCUCUCAAGCUGUCUUCUUCAAUUCGGACCCUCAAAUUUCCCAGAAGCUUUUGCUUUGUCUCCCAGUCUCUUCAAUCCCCCUCUUUCUAUACCGAGGACGACCCUGCCAUCGGCGACUGUCUCGUCUUCGAAGAAGGCAUUUUCGAAGACCCGUCUCUCGAUGGCCCUGAUUCUCCCACCCCGACCAAGAUUCCGCGCAGGAAGAAGAAGCUCACUCAGGAGAUCCCGACGGAGAACUUGGUCCCGGACGAAUGGCGAGAAACACAGGCGGAAAUUAACAUUACCAAGAAGGAGAGGCGCAGAAUUGCGCAGGAGAUGCAGUUCAAUAGCCGGCUGGAGAGGAAGACCCGAGGAUUGGCCCCUGUGAGGAGCGUGAAUUUGGACGAGUACAAGGCUUUUCGCGAGGCUAAGUUGGCUCAGUUGAAGCCACUGUAUCUUGACAAUAACCCCGCGGCAUCUCCUGAAGAUGACGAGGAUUCGGAUGAGGCAGAGGCAGAGUUUGAUGAUGAGGAUGAGUACGAGUAUGAGCAUGAAACGAAGAAUCCAAGUGAGCGAGUUGCGCCCCGGAACCCUAGGUGGGCGGUUUACGGGAAGGGCUUCGACGAUGUUAACGAUUUUUUCAGGAGUGGGAAGUACCAGCCCGGAGAGAAGAACCCAGGAGGCCGCCGGAAGUUGUUUACAAAGGAGGAAAAGGUUUUCCUGAACAGACGCAUCCCGGAUUUAGCAGCUGUUACCUGUGUGAAAUGGCAACCUCUUCACACGCUUGCUGCAUCUGGAGAAUUCUACCUCAUGAACACUUUGCUCAAACAUAACCUUGACAUCAAUUCCGUGGAUGCUGAGGGGGUGAGUGCGCUCCACAAGGCGAUAAUAGGCAAAAAGCAGGCCAUUACCAGCUACCUCUUGAGAGAGUCAGCAAAUCCCUUCAUUCGAGAUGCGGACGGAGGCACCUUGAUGCAUUAUGCUGUCCAGACAGCAUCCAUUCCGGCUAUCAAGCUGCUUCUCCUAUAUAAUGUUGAUAUAAACCUCCAGGACAAUGAUGGUUGGUCCCCGUUGCAUCUUGCUGUUCAAGCUCAAAGGACUGACAUUGUGAAACUCUUACUCAUCAAAGGCGCGGAUAAAACCUUAACAGACAAGGAUGGUUUAACCCCGCUGGAGCUCUGCCUUCAUCUAGGACGGGACACGAGGACUUUGGAGCUGAUCAAGCUGUUAAAGUUGUAUCCGAGGAAGUCCACUGCUUUGACUAGAAAACGCAGCCUAGGUUCAGAAACAAUCUAAGUAUCAUAGUACACAAUGCUCUGAUGCUCCCGUGAGAAACAUAGAAAAGUUUAUGCCUGAGCUCACACGCAGCGGAACUGUUAACUUAGCUGAUGAUCUUGAGACGGGCUCCGAGGUUGGGCAUUAGUCUUAUUUGACGUUGUACAUGUAAUUAGGACAUCUUGCGAUUGACCCAAAAGGAAUACGUAGAGAUCGGGGUGGGCGGGGGUGAAUGAAACAAAAACUGAAAAAUAUGAAAGCAGCCGUUUGGAAUUUGGAUGGAAUUUCAUCUACAGCGGCACAAUCACUAGCUUUAUCAGAUUUUGGCAAAAUUGCUCGUUUGGGAAUGAUUCCAAAAUGAAGGGAAUGAGGGGCUUUGAAUUCACUGGACUUUGAAAACCCAUAAAUGCAGGAUAGCUAAUAGGAGGGCAAUGGCAAGGAAGUGGACAGACAGCACUGUAUUGUCCUAAGAUUUUGCGGAAGUUGGAUGCUAAUGUUGAAGAGAGUGGAUUCUGCCAUAUAAGGUCAAAUGGAAAGGGAGAAUACAAGGUUAGACAUAAGGAAGAAAGGUUUACAGUUUAAG